CGCGUACUUACAACAUCGAGAGAACGUUUAUAACGUUCCCUGCGGCCGGUAGCAUGCCUCCAUCUCCAGUGCUCUCAGCGAUAAGCCGUGUCCAAAUUCACACUCCCCUCUCCCCAUUUGUCUUUUGACAACUGCGAUGUCGUGCUCUUCUGUAAUGGCGUACUACGGCUACCCUUCCCCACCCGCCCGUGGGACUUACCCAUCUCCCGCCCCAUCUCAUGUCGUCAACAUCCCGACUGCGCCGGAAUCUCAUAAGAAGAAAUCACCAUCCCUGAGUCAUGUUGUGCGCAAGAUCCUCCACCCGCGACGAGACAGCGCUGCGCGCCCCGAUCUGUCGCGCAGCAGCUCGAGUUCAUCCGAUAACGACACGCUCGCGGACACUGAGAUCGAAUCGAAAGCCCCGCAUGCUCCGUGUGCGGAGUAGCACUGCGCCUCCUGCACAUGAUUGCGAUCCAUGCGACCACUCGCGACCUAGACCUGUAUCUCUACCUAGACAUAACAUCCAAUGUAUUUGUGGCUUAUAAACGAUUCGGCGGCCCUUCUUUUUCUUGAAA